AUGACAAAACCGAAGGGCAGGAACAAGCCCACCGGCGGUGUCGGUGGACGCGAGACGAAGGCGACAAAGAGAGCCAAGACAGCAGCGGCGAGAGAUGCUUUGGCCCUGGACAGACGCAGCGCUAAGCUUGAGCAGGAGCGUGCAGCGCUCGUGGCGGAGAUGGCGCAGAGAGAGCAAGCCCUCAGAGCGAAGGAGCAAGCGCUCAGAGCAAAGGAGGCGGCCUUCGCCAAGAAGGAGGAGGCAGCGGCGCGCGCCGCUGCGCAGCGGGAAAAGCGUGAGCAGGAAGAGGUUGAGCGCGUCGAAGCAGCAGCUGCUGCGGCGGCGGAGAAGGUGGCUCAGGACCACCUGGACUACAUCGACACAUCUGUGCACGAGGUGAAGCCGAAGAAGGGCGAGGUCUGGACCCAGUUGCAGUCAAGGAUGGUCCUCAUGCUUCUCUUCGACCUCCGCAAGGACGGUCGCUCUGAGAACGAGGCGGUGUUGCAGGUUGCGCGCACUUUCAAGAUCGGCCACGACAAGGUCAGGCGCAUCAACAACCACUGGUGGGAUCACCGCCAGUUGUACGAGACCACCGCCGCGGGGAGAGCCAAGACGGCAAAGGAGGAUGAUGGGCGAACACCGCCUCACCGAAGUACAAGCAGAUCAACUUCGCGAGUUCAUCAACGACGAGCACAAGGCCGGUCGUCAAGUCUUUCGCCGCACGGUGGCAGAAUGGAUGCACAGGACUUGCAACAUGGAGCAGCCGUCCAACCGUUCGGUAGGAGGGCUGCUGAGAAGGCUCGGCUACAAGCGUCGUAUAUAGUGAAAAGUGCUUCUUACUUGCAUCCGAAAACCCAAGCUGGCCCGGCUGUUAGACAGGGGGAAACACGAUAUUGA